CUUUCCCACCUUUCCUAGCAAUCCCACAUUCUUAUCCAGUGUCAAGAUGCUCGUUUAAAUCGGAUUCAAUUUUUCAAGCUCAUUACAUCAUUACCAUUUCAUUUCAUUCCAUAUAUAUCAUAUCCCCAUAAAUCAACCAAUCGGCAAACUAACGCACCAGCAAAUCCAUAACUACCCAGUGUAAAAAUGAGUCAAUUACUCGGGAGCUCACAGCCAGUGCAAGCUAGAACAUCACAUUCAUCCUUCAUCACUGCACGAGAAAAUCCAACACCAGAUAAUCCAGUAGCAGAAAAUCCAACACUAGAUAAAUCUUCCACUCCCAGCAGAGCUUCAAUUCUCAAUUCCAUUUCUGUUCCUGCACAGGAACAGAAGGAAAUGCCCAAUCAUGGCGAAGACAAAACUCCUAGAAACUCACUGCGUCCUCCCCCCGCCCCAAGAUUCGUAUCCUAUUUCUCAGAAAACUUCACAGAUGAACCAGCCCUCCAAUCAUCCAAUGAAGACUCCACAUCUUCAGAACAAACAGCCACGAAUAACAGCAAUGGCACCGAGGACAUCGAAGCGCAGCAUGAAAAACUUGAAAGAUCAACAUACACCACCAACACAAACACAACUUCCCAAGACCCCACACAAUCCACCUCCGAAAUCCACUUCCGCUCCAUGAACUGGCUUCAAUGUUCCGCCCUCAUGAUUGCCGAAACCAUCUCUCUGGGAAUCCUCGCACUCCCCUCUGUCCUCGCAACCAUCGGCCUCAUCCCCGGUAUCCUCCUCAUCCUCAUCAUGGGAAUCCUCGCCUGGUAUUCCGGAUACGUGAUGCAUCAAUUUCGGCAAAAAUACCCAAGUAUCCACAGCUGGGCCGAUUGCUGCGAGAUAUUAAUGAAACCGCUAGGAUGGGGACGAAUCGGUCAUGAGAUUGCUGGAGCGGCGCAGAUAUUGUUUUUGUUGUUUUUAAUGGGAAGUCAUAUAUUGACGUGGAUUAUUUGUUUGCGUACGUUGACUGGAGGGAGAGUUUGUAAUAUUGUGUGGGGAGUGGUGGGGAUGGGGAUUUUUUGGAUAUUGGAUUUACCGAGGACGUGUAAGGGGAUGAGUUGGAUGAGUGUUGUUUGUGAGUAUUCCUCCCUGGAUGAAUGAAUUAUCUUGAUUCUUAUAUGAAGAAAUCAAAUCUCAAAGUAAAGUCAAAUAAAGAAAACAAAUUAACAACCCCCACUCCUCCUCCAGCAUUCGCAAGCAUCGGCACCGCCGUCCUAACAACAAUGAUAAGCGUGGGAAUCCGCUCACCCCCACAAGAACCAUACACCCUCUGGCCCCGCGCACAUCUCUCCCUCCGCGAAGCCUUCCUAAGCAUAACCAACAUCGUCUUCGCGUACGCGGGCCACGUCGCCUUCUUCACCUUCAUGUCGGAAUUACGCGAGCCGAACGACUUUCCAAAGUCGCUCGCCACACUACAAAUCGUCGAGAUAAGUCUGUAUCUCAUUUCUGCAAUUGUGAUAUACGUGUAUGCGGGAUCGGGGGUUGCAUCUCCUGCUCUUGGGUCCGCGGGACCCGUCGUGUCGAAAAUAGCGUUUGGGAUUGCUGUUCCGACGAUUGUGAUUGCGGGGGUUAUUUUCGGUCAUGUCGCUUCGAAGUAUGUGUUUAAUAAGAUAUUUAAGGGGAGUGUGCAUGUUCAUACUCGAACGAGGGUGAGUACGCUGGCUUGGAUGGCGAUUACGUUGGGGCUUUGGGUUGUGGCGUGGGUGAUUGCGGAGAGUAUUCCGGUUUUUAAUGAGUUGUUGGGACUGGUUAGUAGUUUGUUUGCGAGUUGGUUUACGUAUGGACUUCCGGGGUUGAUGUGGUUGUUUGUUUAUAAGGGGAGGUGGAAUGAGGGGUGGUGGAUGAGGGGCUGUUUUGUGUAAUGUUGGGUUGGUGGGUGUUGGGGCGGUUAUUUGUGGGAUGGGGCUUUGGGCUAGUGGGGUGGGGAUUGGGGAGGGGCGAGGGAGGGAGGGUUUGGAGUUGUGGGGAGUAGG